AUGUUGCCACGCCGACAGCACAUUGCCGUAACCAACAUACAGACACUUGAAGUAGUGUACCGGAAGCAUCCAAUGGCUGGCGAGCUCUCCGCCAGGCCCUCCGGUGAACAGACAAGUCUGACAGCCGAGGACAGGUUUCACUGUUCAAUACAAGAUGACACAGCGUUGAUCCACCGAUCGGGGUUGUGCUUUUGUGAUUUUGCAUUAUUGAACCCAUCAAAGCACAGUACCAAGAAAUUUAAGGGUGUUGGGGUCUAUCGGGCGGAGAACCUCGAUACAUAUUGGCAAGAAUUCCAUCGAGAGGAGGGCGUUCCCAUAUUUUUUCAUUUUCUCGUCCGCUGCCCUGGCCGCGGCCAACCGCAUUCUUUACUUGUCUGGUUUACAUAUCGUUCGGCAAGGGUGCCAGGGACCGUAACAUCCCACGCCAAACAUCUACCGGCUCUCCAAGGUAUUAAUGUGCAUCCGUCCGGACGCCUACCAUCAUGCGCAGAAAUGCCGGAUGGUUCCUUGAGAACCGGGAUUGAAGCCUUGGAGAAGAGCCGACAAAUGUAG